AUGCCGGUAGGUAGGAUACAAGCCACAAUGUUAUCGUCGUCGCUAAGCCUAGGACCGCCGGUGGCGGUUGGCUGAUUCGAUUGAGAGCGGAAUAUAAUUUAAUAUCCGCCGAUUGAUUUCCUGCGAGGUAGGGAGGAUAAGCAUGAUCCAUCCAUCACACAUCAAUAAACGAGAUGAGCCGUGCUGAACCGCGUGCUCCCUAACGGUUCGGCAAGGAUUGGUAGGGUAGGGUAGGGUACGGCAGUCGACUCGAGUCGUCCGCCCCGAUCACCAUCAAGUCACAAAGGCCGCAGGGCUGCGCUAGAUGGGAUAGGGUGGGUGGUGAGGGCGCUCUACCAGGUAAAACGCGAGGCGAAUCAACGAGGUCUUCCGGUGCGAUAUUGUCUGAGCCUUCCUUCACGCUUCUGCCUCAGUCAGUCAGUCCGGCCAGCAGCGGCAGCAGCAGCAGCAGCAGCAGCAGAAGGAAAAAGGAAAACACCAACAUUCCAGCACCGGCUUCAGUGUCCAGAGUGAGUAA